CCUGUAUGAUCUCUCAGUAUCAGACACUGUAUCCUCCACUAGGUGGCGCUCUUUCAGUGUGAUUAAUGUAAUAUUCAGUCAGUGCUGAUGGUGGGAGGGGCCAGUAAAGCUGCUCAUUACUGAUAAAGAGCUGAAGAAAGAGGAAGUAACUAAAGCAGACAGAUGUAGAGACAGAGAGAUUCACACAGAGAACAUUCAGCAUAAAGAAGACUGAACUCAACUCACAAUGAAGAUCCUCCUCAUCUUCUUCACUUUCUACCUGAUCUCAGGUGCAGUGAGAUGCUUUAGAGUCACUGGAUAUUCUGGAGGAAGUCUUCUUGUUGAUUCACAGAAGACUUGGUUCAGUGCAAAUGUUAAAUGCUUAAAUAAAUUACCUGAGUGGAGAAGUAUAAUGAAUGAUACAAAACAUGAAAAAUGGAUCAAUGAUGACAAAUUUUCAUUGUUUCAAAAUAAUGAGGGAAACCUUAUGAUCUACAUCAGAAAUUUGAACAAACAUGACGCUGGAGGAUACUGGAUUGGUGUUCUUUAUAAGUGGGGUAUAGAUAUGACUUUAAAUGUGGAAGAAGACUCAUGUUGUAGCAUGUCAAAGAGAGUGAUGGUUCAUAUUGGAGAAACUGCCACAUUCAGCUGUGAAUAUUCACAGAAACAUAUUAAUGAUCCCAAGAUCAUAUUCAAAGAAGGAAAAGACUCUAUUGAGACGAUUUACAGCACAUGGAAGAAGGAAGAAAGAUUCAAUAUAUCUGAUGACAGACACAAAAAUCUCUUCAGUGUGAGAAUUACUGCUGUGACACCAGAUGAUGGAGGAGUUUAUUUAUGUGGAGUUUGGAUCAGCGGACAAUCGUACAGUUACUCCAUUAUUAAACCUGUUCAUCUACAUGUUAGUAUGGCUCCAGUAGUGAGACGUGAAGGAGAAUCUGCUGAGAUCAUCUGCCCUUAUGAUUCAAUCUAUAAAUCAAAGUCAAAGUCUCUCUGUAAGGGGAAGUGCUCCACUAGAGAUAGAAAUCCUCUCAAUGAAGAGAAAGAGACCAAGACUGACAGAUUGACUCUGAAUGAUGACGGCACUGCAAGUGUCUUCACUGGGACCAUCACUGGACUGACAGCAGAGGAUGCUGGGAAAUACUGGUGUGCAGUGACAUUAGAGAGAGACGUGAAUUAUCUUUACACUCAUCUGAUCGUCAUCAUGAAUGAGGAGCUGAACUUGACUAAGUAUGAAGGAGACGACAUGUCAAUCCAGUGCAAACAUCAUGAUGAACAUCAGAAACUCUUCUGCAAAGCACAUGAACCCUCCAUGUGUGUGAAGGAUGGAGUUUCAUUGGAGACGAUCAGAGAUGAUCGAUUCUCUUUCAGUGAUGAAGCUUCUACUGGAGUCUUUACUGUGAACAUCACUGAUCUAAGAGAAGAGGAUUCUGGGAUAUACUGGUGUGGAGCUCACAUCACCACUAAAGUGCACUUAACUGUCAAAAGGGAUUUCUCAGUGAUUAUCAUUAUUUGUGUGUGUGUGAUUCUGCUGCUGAUCGGUGGAUUCACUGCGACUGUGUGUAAAUUAAGACACAAGAGACGAGGUGACGCUCACACACAGUUCAGGUCUGUCUACUGCUCAAUUACCCACAAUCCCCUCUGAUGAGCUCCUGUACGCAUCUGUCAGUUUCCAGAAGCAUGAAGAGUCUCUCAGUGAUGCUACAGUCUCCUUCAGUAAGGACCAGAUUUACUCUGAUUGGAAUCCUGAAGUAAAAAGUGUAGAGAAAACUUCUAUAGGAGAACAUAUAUUAUUUUAUAACUGCAAAAGAAACAAAUACGACUACUUAUUUUUACACAAAAGAAGAAAUAUAGAGAGGGUUAUGUAUAGUGUCAUAAAUAUACAUUCAUUUUUACAAAUGAACAAAGGUGUUUUAGUGCUUGUGUGAUGAAUGUCAUUUUUUUCCAUCCAGCUCAAAACCACAGAACACAGCAGACACGUUCAGGGUCUCAGUUUAGUUUGGGUGUGACGAAUACACCUACUUGUUCAGGAAACCCACAGUGAGACACGUGAAACAGAACAGAAAGAGAAACAAACUGAUGAAGUGGAAAGUGUGUGUAGGUCUGCAGAUGAGAAAGAGUUGGUGAAAGAGUUAGAUGAGAAAGAGUUUAACACUCCAGUGUUAAAUUAACUCUCAUCAGAGUUUGAGUCCACACUCAAGAGUGUUAAAGUGUUCAAAUAAGAGCGUUAAAUUAACACUGAAUAAGUGUUAAAGUUAAUGAGAUAAUUCAGUGAUGAUUGACCAUUAUUUAACACUGUCAGAAAAAAAGAUACGGUGCUUGUCGCUGGGACAGUACCCUAAUGUACAAAGGUAAAAAGGUACUAAUAUGUACCAAAGAACUAAUAUGUACCUUUAAGGUACUAAUAUGGACCAUUUAGGGGUAAGUAAGGUACAAAUAUGUACCUUUUCACUUUUGUACCUUAGGUACUGCCCCAAUGACAAGCACCAUAUCUUUUUUUUUUCUGACAGUGAAGAUACCUGCAGAUAACAAGCAGAAUCACCAAAGGAGAAAAAUCACAAUUUUAAUCACCAUCAUAGAGAGCAGGAUUUGCUUUAGUUGGGCCCUUGACUUUUUAAUGUUAGAUUUUGUUUGGGCUGUUGUAACUGAGUCAUAACAGCCAGACAA